AUGGCGGAUAAGAGACGAAGAGUCGAAAGGUCGAGGGAGGAUGCUACCAUCGAGCGAGCGGGCAGGUGGAGGUGUUUCUCCUUUCUAGGCUGUCUCUUUUGCGUGUCUCGUUCGUUUCGCUUUCUCAAUUCCCAGUGGCUCUAUGUCGGCGCCGGCAAGUUGGAAGAUUCGUGGUGUGUGUGUCUCUCUCUCUCGCCUGCAUGCGGUAGGAAAAGUUGGAUGAAACUCACCUCUUGGUCGUUGGAUUGA